CCUCCUCAGCAGAAGCGUACAGGAGAGUCCGCUGAUGGGAGAUGCGCUCGUCUCAACAGAGAGAAACCACAGUUGAAGACGGAGUGGAAAGAGUUAACGAUAGUACUCAUAAAUAGCUGAAGAAUUCAGUAGCCGAAAUUGAAGUGGACGCGGAGAGGUGGGAGUGUACAGUUAUGGAGCUUAUUACUACCAAAGGCGAUGUCAUUUCGGAGGAUGACAGUAGGGGGCAACAUCGAGACGGGCAACAGAGAGACAUCGUCGCUAGGAAACAAGUGCAAAGAAAUCAGCUGGAGGUGUGUCCUGGACUGGUUUCUGGAGACACACACCCGAUGUGCCGUGGGCACAAUCGGGGCGAUCUAGAACCGAAAGCAGGCGAUGCCGCCGGAGAAGAUGGAACUGUUGCUGAAAAAGCACCCGGUUUACCCAGCAGCGAGAACAAUCAGAACCAAGAGAAUUCAGGUGGAUCGGGAACCGUUACUGACCCAGGGUUACCAGACGGCAGGCAGGGCAGAAAGAAGCACCGGCGACGUCCAUCCAAGAAGAAGCGCCGCUGGAAGCCUUAUUACAAACUGUCAUGGGAAGAGAAAAAAGAACUCGACGAGCGAGAAACUAUACGAGCAUCGCGAGUGCGAGAGGAGAUGUUCGCUAAAGGUCUGCCCGUCGCCCCAUACAACACUACCCAGUUCCUGAUGGACGAGCACGACCGUGAAGAGCCGGAUCUGAACACGGAACUCGGCGGACGACGGUCCUUUGGUGCGAACCGCUCCGAGGACACAGCCAGUGAGGAAGAUUGUAUCGAGCAAGAUGAGGAAGAGGAUGAGGAAGGUGAUGGUGGAAGCGAUGGUAUGGGAAGACCAGGGCAAGCAGGCGGUGAGUUUCUCCAGAAGGACUUCUCCGAGACUUACGAGCGAUACCACGUCGAGACUCUCCAGAACAUGUCCAAGCAAGAACUGGUGCAGGAGUACCUUGAACUGGAGAAGUGCAUGUCGCGACUGGAGGAGGAGAACAACCGGCUGCGCAACGUCCGAGGAGACACAGAGGCGACUGCCGAGACCCCAGCCGAUGGAGCCCAGCGUCUUCGGGAGUUGGAGAGUGAACUCGAGAGACUGAAGGCGCAGAACAGCGAGUUGCUAAAACAGAGCCAACGGUCGAGGGAGCAGAGCAUCAACGGGUCCACACCAGGAACUGACACUGGGCAAGAACCAGUGCAUGAAACCAAGUGAUGGACACGUUUGGUUAUGUUCUGUUUUAUUUGUUUAUUCAUCUAAAUUCAAUUUUUGACUGUAAGUUUCAGUACUGCUCUAGGCUCUUAGUUCCUGUUAACGGAGGACGAUCUGCAAAUUAGAUUCCAUCCAGAAUGUCUAUUUUAAAUGUUUAAAUGAAAUAUAGCUAACGAUUUUA